GAGGCGACCCAAUAAGAGCCGGCCGCGGGAGAUAACGGCCAGGGAGGGCUCCGCUUUGCUUUUGGUUCCCUUCCCCGGAGGGCCUUCCCCGCCGCCGCCGCCUCCUCACCACGUCGAUGUUGGCGAACCCUGUGAGCACCAGGUCCUUGAGGAGCUCGCAGCCGAUGCCUCCGGCGCCCACCACCAGCAGCCGCGCCCCGGCCACGGCCUGGGCCAGCUCUCCGGGCAGCGCGGCCGCCGCCACCGCCAUCGCCGCUGCCUCAGAGGCCGACGGAGGGACGCGGGCGGGAAAAAGAAGGCACCGAGUGAAGCGGAGUCAGCGCCUUCGCGCAUGCGCGGCCCUUCCCCUCAUGUCCUCUCGUCGGGCGCAGCCGCGCUCUCGCCGUCAUGGAGCGGGAAGCCCCAGAGCGGCGCCUGCAGCGGCGGCGCGACGACUCCUAGCGGCUGGGAGGACGUAUAGCCCAUACGCAGCACCGAACCAAGGCACCGAGCGAGAGACAGCGUGGUCUUGUGGUUAGAAUGUCGGCCUAAGGAUGGAGAGAUCAGGGUUCGAAUCUCCACGCUGCAGUGGAGCUCACCUGUCUCACCAUCUCUCAGCCUCACCUACCAGGCAGGGUGGUUGUGGGGAUAAAAAGUGUGUGUGUGUGUGUGUGAGUGAGAGAGAGAGUGAGAGAGAGAGAGAGAGAGAACCAGCGUGGUGCAACAGUUAGGAACCUAGGAGACCAGGUUCCUACUCAGCCAUGAAGCCCCCUAGGUGACCUUGGGCCAGUCCCUCCCAUCUCAGCCUAACCCACCUCACAGCAUUGUAGUGGGGAUUAAAUGAAGAUGGGGGAAAAAGGAAGGUGGGAGUUGAAUGCAAUAAAUCAAAUAAAUCGUGCCUGUGGACUUAAGGUCCUUGCAGCAAUAAAUAGGCCAUCAGUUGGCAACGUUAAAUGCUGGAGAGAGGGUGAAGCCUUCGCAGAAAAAACUUGCACAUGGGAACGUCAUGGCAUGGAAAGGAGGAGGCAAAGGGAGAUGUAGGCAACCCCACCAUCCCACUCAGGUGCUACAAUCCACAUCGGUCUUGCCACUUAAUCCUGGUGCACAAGACAUUUUGUUGCCUGUGGCAGAGUAGUUGCUGCCCCAGCUCUGCACAUCAGAGUGCAGAAUACCCCAGAACAUGUACAGAGUUGAUUCUGAAGAAACAUUUUAUUCUGAAACUGCACAAAUGGGCCCUGAAAAACCAAAAGGUUAAAGUUAUAGUCUGCAUACACCCUGCCUGCAUGCUCUAACUAGACACCCUUCCUCAUUUUACUUUCAGCCUUCAUCUUGCCUUUCUUGCUGGUGGUCCACUAUGCCUGAGCUUCUAAGAUGCUCUCCAGUUUCCAUAUACUAUUUUUAUUUCCCUCCUAUCUUAAACAUUUGCAUCAAGGAAGAAGAGUUUGGAUUUGAUAUCUUGCUUUAUCACUCCCUUUAAGGAGUCUCAAAGCGGCUAACAUUCUCCUUUCCCUUCCUCCCCGACAACAAACACUCUGUGAGGUGAGUGGGGCUGAGAGACUUCAAAGAAAUGUGACUAGCCCAAGGUCACCCAGCAGCUGCAUGUGGAGGAGUGGAGACACGAACCCGGUUCCCCACAUUACGAGACUACCGCUCUUAACCACUACACCACACUGGCUCUCAAUAGUUUAGGAGUAGCUAAACUAUUGGGAUUUCAAUUUACAGCAGAACUGGGUCACAUGUGAGCAAGAUCUGAGCAUUACUGCCUCCUGUGGGAGUGAGUUGCAUAGUUUGACUGUGUGCUGCAUGAAGGACUUUAUUUUAUCCAUCUAGAAUCUUCCACCGUUCAGCUUCCUUAAAUGUCCAUGAGUUCUGAAUGAUGGGAUUUCCUCUCUCUUAUAUUUCUCCACAGUGGGAAACCAUUGUCAAUUAUUGCCCAGAAUUUGGAAAGCAGAGGUGCAUUCCUCCCCACUGAGUUAAAAUAUGUCACUCAGAGUCAAAAGGAAUCAUGCUAUGUAAAUGCAGACAUCACCAACAUGGGGCCUUUCAGACACUUCAAACUACAACUCCCAUCAGCUCCAGUCAGUCCAGAAUGUCUGGAGAGCACCAGGUUGAUGAAGGCUUGUAGAAGAGAGCAAGAAUUGCCAGAGCAGUACAGACCUCUCUGUCUCUGUGUGAGUUAUAGUUCUGGGCAUGCUACUCAUCAAUUCACUGAUCAUAGACUGACUAAACAGAAAGCUGGCAUCUCAACCAAGUUGUUACUGCAUUUAUUUUAUUUUUUUAAAAACCACAGCUACAAGGAAAUAAAUAAAAUCUAUUU